CACCCCACAGCCCCGGACGACGCCGGCCAGCCCGCGGGUCCUCUGCCCCUGCCUUUGUCCAGUGUCACCGCUGCUGGCCUCGCCUCUUGCUUCCUGUUCCUGCACCAUGAAAAUCCUGCUCUGUGACCUCCUGCUGCUCAGCCUGGUCUCCAGUGUGUUCAGCAGCUGCCCCAAAGACUGUGUCACCUGCCGGGAGAAGCUCCGCCCAGCCCUGGACAGCUUCAACCUGGAGGUGUGCAUCCUGGAGUGUGAGGAGAAGGUCUUCCCCAGCCCUCUGUGGACUCCAUGCACCAAGGUCAUGGCCAGCGGCUCCUGGCAGCUGGGCCCUGCCGACCCAGAGCACGUGGCGGCCGCUCUUCACCAGCGCAGAGCCUCGGACCUGCAGCACCUGAAGCGAAUGCCCCGUGUCAGGAGCCUGUUCCAAGCACGGGAAGAGACAGAGCCUGGCACGGAUGAGGGUGGCGAGGUGGAACAGAAGCAGCUACAGAAGAGGUUUGGGGGUUUCACCGGGGCUCGGAAAUCAGCCCGGAAGUUGGCCAAUCAGAAGCGGUUCAGUGAGUUUAUGAGGCAGUACCUGGUCCUGAGUCUGCAGUCGAGCCAGCGUCGGCGCACCCUGCACCAGAAUGGCAUCCAGGCGAUCCCCAAAAGAGCAUGUGUCCGGUCCCAAACCUGCCGACUGGUCAGGAUCCCUCCUCCCCCACGGCACUGA